AUGGAGACCCUUGGUGUCCCAAAUCACUCCAUGAAAAUGGAGAUCCUUGGUGUCCCAAAUCACUCCAGGAAAAUGGAGAUCCUUGGUGUCCCGGAGGCGUUAGCAGGGCCCGGAUUUGUGUCCCCGAUGCGCGCCUGGCUGCGCGCUGCGCUCGUCCUUGGGGCGCAGCUCCGAGCGCUGUGGCUGGCGGCAGCAGUGGAAGUUCACACUGCCAAGGAGGUGGUGGCAGUGAACGGCACCAACCAGCGGCUGAAAUGCACCUUCUCCAGCAGCAGCCCCGUGAGCCAGCAGCUGUCCGUGAGCUGGAACUUCCAGCCCGAGGACCUGAGCGCCCACGAGCCGGUAUUUUACUACCUGAAGGAGCCCUACCAGCCCCCCUCGGGAAGGUUUAAGGACCGAGUCACCUGGGAUGGGAACAUUGAGCGCCACGACGUCUCCAUCAUGGUCUGGAACCUGAAGCCCAGUGACAACGGGACCUUCACCUGCCAGGUGACAAACUGGCCAGACGUCUAUGGCACCAUCGGGGAGGUGCGGCUCCGGGUUGUGCAGAAAGUGAGCUUCUCAGAAAUCCAUUUCCUGGCCGUGGCCAUCGGCUCUGCCUCUGGGCUGAUGAUCAUCGUGGUGACAGCCGUGAUCAUCUGCCGGCAGCACCGCAGGAAGGCGCGAGACAGGAGGGCGGAGGCGGCAGAGGCGGCGGACAGCGAGCGUAAAGAAAAGGAGAGCCUGAAGAUGGGGGAAAAGAAGGAAUCCAUUCCUUUGGAAGAUUAA